UGCUUCCGACCACUUAUGAACUCCUGCUGAUUUUUGCCCUCUCAGGAUAUUUUAUUGAUGCCAGGCAUCUUACCAACUUCUCCCAAUGCGCCUACAUUUGGUCACGAUUCCUCUUUACCGAACGGUUCACAGAAGUAUCGGGAAGAUAUAGUUCGCGAAAUCAAGGACAAUGCAAGAGAAAUCGUCCGAACGCAGUCCCACGGGGCAUCCACCACCGGUUUGCUCAGUCAGGUCAAGACGCAGUUUCAGUUGGGAAGGGACUCUGACCGGAAUGGUGAUUUGAAAGAAGCUUUGAGUGCCUAUGCGAAAGCUGCCAGUCUCGUUACACUUAUGAUUGAGAAAGUAGAUCCUAAGAAAGGGGCGAAGGAUGUAGUAGUACGGAAGGGAAUCAUGGACUUUAUGGAUAAUUACGGAACUGAGUUGAAAAGGCGGACACUAGCUGUUGAAGAGAAAUUAAGAACAAUCGAGAAAGAGGAAAGAGAGAGAAAAAAUGUCAAUGGUGUUGAGACAAAUGGGCUUCCUGACAGCACCAGCUCUGGAGGACUACCUAGUAUUGCAGAUCGAAUGCAAUCUUUGCGAAACAGUGGCCUUUCGAUAACAACUUCCAAACGAUUGUCCAAUCACGGCCAAAGCAGCGCACCCACGAGUCCACAUCCACCCCCUUCUCCAAUUCCCGGGUCGGCUCGUUCAAUCCAGUCCACCACUCCUUUGUCGCCCACAUCCCUCGCAUCGGCACCGUCUAUAUCCUCGUUGGCGUCCGCAUUGAACGGCCCGUUGCCAUCAACGUCAACGACUUCACCUCAUUCUUUUGUUCCUACAUCGGCGUUCGGACCUCCAUCACCCUCUUCUUCACCUUCCUCCUCACCCAAGAUAUCCAGCAAUAGUUACAUAUCCGAGUUCACCUCUCAUUUCCCUUCCAUCGACGAAAUUGAAGAAAACGGCAACUUCGCGCUUUCCUCGGUGCCAACCGGAAGAAGUACCGGCUCCACUAAAUCCACCUCGUCAAGAUCUUCUAAGCAAGGGAUAGAUGUCCCCCCUGUAUCUCCGACACCUCACGCCGCCUUACGCAACUUCAUGGUUCCAAUGGAGAGACCAUCAAGCACACCUUUAACUCCAACCGCCAAUAACUUUGCCAGUCGGCCUGCUUCUCCCUCUAAUGCGCAACCCAAACAUAUUAUACCAAUCAAGCCCUCCAAUCUUUCCACGUCGUCCACUUCCGCGUCUGCUGCCGCUGCAAAUGGUAACGGAAACUAUUAUCCUAUAUCACAAAGUCCGUCUUUCUCGAACGGAUUAUUGGCGAAUAAGUCAGACAUACCGAAGAAGAACAUAGCAACACCAAAGGAACUGAGAGAAUAUAUGAAAGAUUACAAGAUUCUUCUGUUGGAUGUCAGGGAUAGGGCGCAAUUUGACAAAGAGCAUAUUAAAGCGAGUGGCGCCGCUGCAGUGGUCUGUAUCGAACCAGCGAUGCUUAAGAAAGAUGGUGUUACUGGCGACACAUUAGAAUCUGCAAUGUUAAGUACAGAAGCGGCCACAUUCAAGAAUCGGGAGAUGUGGGAUCUGGUAGUAGUUUAUGACCAGAAUUCGGCCGAUGUUGGGGAGAAAGAGUCAAUGUUGAAUAUUUUGAUGGGAGCGAUCUACACUAACGCGUUCAAAAAAUUCCUGAAACGUCCACCUAUGGUGCUGGAGGGAGGUUUAGAUGGAUGGAAAGUGGAGAUGGGACAACAGGAGGUAGAGGGAAGCUCGGAGCUUGGGAUUGCGCUUCUGUCGUCAGGUUCAGCCAGCGCCAGCGCAAGUGCAAGUGCCAGCACAAAUGCAGGAGUCAACGUUGCAGCGGCAUAUCACACCCCACCACCACCACUACCGUCUCCUUCCAUUCAAUCACCAUCAUUAUCCCGAACGGCUUCAAAAAACCCCUUUGCAACCGGUGGGCCACUGGCUUCUUCAAGACCGAGACGCGUGUCGGUUUCGAAUACUUCUAAUAAUUCCCCUCCAGGACAGCCACCUUUCGAAUUCUGGCAACCGUCCGCUGCCAGUAGUUCUGCAACGCAAAUAUUACCUGGACGAGGCAGAGCAGACACAAACCCACCCAUUCCCGGUUCGAGUCGGGGUGAUCACAAGAGUAAUUACUCACUCGAUCAGAGGUCUAUGCAUUCCAGAUCACCUGCUGACGCAGGAUUACCUAGUCGAUUCGCGGCGCCUGACAGCGCAUCUAGUGCUUUGUCGCGACGGCCAGCCUUGUCCAGAACUGCCAUGUCAUCUUCAGGACCGCUUUCUUCACAAGCAAUCAAUGAGAAUGUAAUCUCGCAGCCCAGUUCACCGCAAAUUAAUGGAGCCUCCCCAAUUACGUAUCCUUCCUUCUCCCGUUCAUCAGGUCAUUCAGCGGCGGCCUCCACUUCUUCCUUCACUCCAGCGCACUUCGAUAUUGCAUCUCCACCGCAAGCCUCCAUCAACCCUUCGCUAUCCAGGCGACGAAGCGACUACAUUGAUCAAUCCCAGGAAGCCGUGUCUGGAUUGCAUAGACCGCCAAUAGAAUACCCAGAGCUACCAUCUCAACACACCAUCCGACCACCACCAGCUGUUGCCUCCCCUGCACUGGAGAGGCAAGAAAACCGGCCUUGGAUAAGCCAAAGCUAUACAUCUCCACCCUUACCUUCUCCUGCUCCAGCGUCAGGAAAAUUGGCCGCACCGACGCCACCGAGGAUCAAUUCAGAUUGGCCUGUCAGGUAUUGGUCGGAUGUCUCAAUUGGGAUGUCUGGGUUGAAGAAUUUAGGGAAUACAUGUUAUAUGAACGCCCCGAUCCAGUGUCUCAGUGCGUCGCCACCGUUUGCAAGGUUUUUCACUGAGGGCAGAUGGAAAAACGCCGUGAACCACGUGAAUUCUUUGGGAACGAAGGGUCGUCUUACAUCUGCAUUUGCUCAGAUUGUUCAUUCAAUGUGGGGAAGCGAGCUGCCUUAUCAAACACCGACCGAGUUUAGAAAAACGAUAUGCUCGCUAAAUAGUCAAUAUAUCGGCUCGGACCAACACGACUCUCAAGAGUUCCUCUCCUUCCUAUUGGAUGGGAUCCACGAAGACCUGAAUAGAAUAUUACAGCGGCCUACGUGGAAUCGGACUCCAGAGGAAGAGGCAGAACUGGAACGAUUACCUCCUCAGACUGCUAGUGAACAAGAGUGGAGAGCGUGGAAGGCGAGGAACGAUAGCAUCAUCGUUGAUUACUUCCAGGGUCAGUUUAGGAAUCAAAUGAAAUGUCUGACCUGCCAUAAGACUUCGACAACCUAUAAUACGUUUUCAAUCUUGUCAGUUCCGAUACCACAUGGUAGAAGCGGGAAAGUUGCUCUGCAACGAUGUCUGGAUGCGUUUUUCAACACGGAGGUGAUGGAGAAGGACGACGCCUGGGAUUGUCCUCGGUGCAAAACAAAGCAGCGGGCGUCUAAACAGCUAUCACUCGCAAGAUUGCCACCUAUUCUUGUCAUUCAUCUCAAGCGUUUUGAAGCUAAUGGCCGAUUCUCGGACAAGAUAGACACUUUUGUGGAUUUUCCUAUCAAAUCUUUAGACCUCACUUCAUAUAUGCCUCCUCCGUUACCUGUAGGUGUGGAUCGUGAACAGUCGCAUGGUUCACCGGAUGAUCCUAGGACUCAGCUUCCUCCGUACAAAUAUGAUUUGUAUGGAGUCACUAAUCAUGUUGGAAACCUAAGCAGUGGCCAUUACACUGCGUUCGUCGGUUCACGAGGAGGAUGGGUGUAUUGUGACGACAGCGUAAUCAAACCGGUAGAUUCCAAGCAAGUCGUCAGCCAGAAAGCAUAUGUCCUAUUUUACAAGCGAACGAAAGCAUGAUCUAAACUAUUCUGAGA